ACUGCGGGUUGACUGCAUGUACUAGCCAGUACGGUAUUAUCAUGCAGUUUAGUACACAGAUGUCCUAGUUUUUUUUUAACCGCCUCCCUUCUGUUUAUGUGACCACAUGAGCAGGUUAAUAUUCGCCUCAUUUUUCCUCCUAAAUUGCCAUUUUUUACGGUUGGCUGCUCCGACGAGCCACCUUCGGUUUCGUUGUAGCAGAACAAGAGCAUGACAAGCUGGAGGCUUCGAUUUCAGACAUGGAGCUACCUGCGUCUCACACGGACGCGAUCCUUGGCUGCUUCGACAAGAACUGCUCGUCUCUGACGGUGGACGACGUCUACGAUAUCGCCAAAGUGAUCGGAACCGAGCUAGAGAGACUCAUCGACGGCUAUGGCAAGGAGAGCGUCCUGGGCCUGGUGCCCAGGGUGGUGAAAGUGCUGGAGCUUCUCGAGAGCUUCACGGCCAGGAAUCAGGUUCACAAAUACAGGGAAGAAGAACUGCUGCGGACUUUUGAGAGCUUACAGCUGCAGCAGAAAAAAAAGACGAGCAAGGACAGCGACGAAUUAAAUGAAAAUCACGAAACGCGGCAGGAGCAACAACAACAGAAGGAGUCGCAACAGUGGAAAAGCAAGUGUGAGGACCUGCAAGUGCAAAUCCAACAGCUUCAGGGGGACAACGAGCUGCUGCAGAGUAGGCUUAAGGGCAGCUAUGCACAUGAUGAUCGUGUCCAGCGGCAGGAGCGAGAGGUGAUGCUGAAGUUGAAACAAGUGGUGGAUAAGCAGAGAGAUGAACUGAGGGCCAAAGUGCAAGAAAUCACCGGUAUCUCCAGGGAAGUGGAAGCGCUCCAGGAGCAGUUGGAGCGCUUUAUGAAGAUGAAUGCGGAGCUGCGACACAAGCAGAAUGUCCUGCAGGCCCAGCUCAAGAGCACCGUAGAGAGAAAGGCCGACAUGGAGGCCGACCUGAAAGAGAAAGUCAAAGUGAUCGAAAAGCUGCAAGAGCAGAUGGACAGAACCAACAGCAACAACCACUCCAGUCCGAGUCAGAUCAAUAGUACAACUGAGCCUUCAGCGGUUCACAGUGAUCCUGACCAGCCUUGCUUCACCAAGAAGGAGGUGCGUGACAUCAUUUUUGAGCGGAAUGAGCUCAAAACCAACCUCUUCCUGGUGCAAGAGGAGCUUAACUACUAUCAAAGGGAGAUUCUGAAUGAAGAGAGAUGUCCUGGGUUCCUCCUGGAAGCUGUGCGAUCUGCCAUUACCAAAAGAAGAAAAGUCAUCAAAGCCAAGAUGCUUGGAAUUCCUCCCCCAGAAAAUAGCAGUGAUGAGGAGGACAAGUGCCCUGUGACAGAAGUGGACGGUACUGAAAAGCCAGCAGAGUCACGCAUUCGAAACCUCCUUAAUCCCCGCCCCAAUGAGCUGACCUCAACCCUGUCUGUCUCUGCGUGGUGCAGCUUUGGCUUCCUGACGUGGUCGGGCAGCGGCCGGAGCCCCAGCCACAUGAGCAACGCCACAUCCAGCUGGGAGAUCAUCGCCGACUCAGAGGCCAGUGGCGAGUCUCCGCAGUAAAUGACCUCCCGUGGCUUGUAACAGACAUGACAAGUUUGUUUUAAAGCUGCUCUCCACCUUUUUAUCCCACCACCACUUCUUAACCGCUGCAAGCUCUCUUGCAUUAUCCCGCUAUUUUGCUUUUAGUCAUGAAAGAGAAAUAACUACAGUAUAAUCUCUAUACCAGGAUGAUAUUUAAGUGUAAUUAAUUUUACGCCUGACAAAAGGUACUGCAAUUAUAUAUUUAUACGUAUCCUUAAUUUCUUUUACAAACCAAAGAUUAACCAAUGUAAGUAUUUGGAGAAAAGAGAUGUGCACUCUAACAAGGGUUAAAAAAUGUAGGUUAAGCACUUUUUUUUUUUUUUAAAUAAAUUAUUAUAACAAUUUAACCAAAAAUUAUAUUGUGGAAAUGCUACUUCUUUCAGAGAAUUUUAUAUAUCACACUUCCUUUAGCAGCCACUGCAUUUUAACCCAUCAGCCUUAAACUGUUGCUUGUUCACUGUGUUUCUACUCUCACUAGUUGAAUUCUGUAAAGAAAGUAAUGCACUGUAAUUAGUCGCAAGAGUUGUAUUUUUUCCCCCGGUUGCCACUGUCUUUAAUUGGAAAAAAAAAAAAAAAAAAACGCAUAACAAACUACAGUAUAUGAUUUUCCCACCACCUAACUCAUUUGAGAUUAUUUUAAAGGAGCCAUAUUUAAGAUUUGGGGCCAAAAAUGGUACUGCAACCAGGAUAUCAAAAUACUGUAGGGCUGGAACUCGAUUAUUCAAGUAAUUGAUUAAUCUAUUGAUUAGUUAGUUCGAAUACUUGAGUAAUUAGAUUAGGAACAUUUAAUGCGUUGCAGAAUACAUUUUAGGAGAUGUAAAACAAAGAAACAAGUGUUUAUGCCUGCAACAACAUAUAUUUUGGCUUGCUAAGAUUGCACUUUAAAAAGAGCAUUAAAUGUGAAUACAAAUUAAAAUACCUGAGUGUUUCUUCAAACUAUGUAAAAUUGCACUUUAAUUUCACAAGAGCAAUAAAUACUAUCAAGACUAAAUUAAAAUACCUGAACUUAGCCUCAAAUGGUAUAAAAAAAAUAAACCAAUGAGUCUAAUUACAAAAAAAAACAGAACAAUUGCCUAACUUGCAUAACAAAAGUCCAUAAGUUUAAAUGCUAUAAAAUGCAAACUUUUUUUUUUUUUUUGUACAAAGUUCUUGACAAAUCGUUCAAACAUAAAUUUACACAAAAAACAGCUAAAUAUAACUCUAAACUUAAUUACGAAUGCAUAAACAAACCUAUUAGCUCAAACAAAAACCUACCUUAGGUUGGUCUUAACAGGGAGCAGCUGGAUUCAGCUACGUUAGAUGAGUUAUGUCAUAUUCACUGUUGCCACUAAAGGGCAUUGUAUCCACCCAAAUCAAUAAAACUAAAUGCAAACCCUUUUAAAACAAACCGUUGCAACACCACUUCAAUUAAAUGAAUCCUCGAAGCAGCAAAAUUUGAUUCGAAGCUUUUUUCUAAUCGAAUUACUCAAGUGAAUCGAUUAAUUGUUGCAGCACUAAAAUGCUGUAUUGAAGAGAAUAAUCUUUGGGCAAUAGUUCCCAAUAGAGAAUCAAGCUAUUUUAUCACACCACUGUUGCAUUUCAAUCAGAAAAGAGAGAGGCGAUGAUCUGAACAUGCAGCAUUUGUCUACAAUCUAUGUCUGCUAUAUACCAAAAAUUAAAUGAGUACAUGCUACAGUCUUCAAACAUAAGGCUUUCAUCUUGCACCGGAGUUAAGUUGAUGCACAAAUAAAUAAUUGUUUUUUGCAAAGGAGGUUAGCAUUUUCAGUGUCCUACCAAAAUAUGCUCCUGGUAAAAGACGCUAUUUGUCAAUGGACCCACAUGCUAAACAACAUAACAUGAGCAUGCCAACUUUGUUCAUGUCCCAAUUGUCUGUUUACCAUACAAAAAGGUAAUAUAGGAAAACUCAAAACACAUGUAACUUUUGGCAUCAGUUGUCAAUUUUUUCUUCCUUGUCACUCGAUUCCAUUGAUUGAAGGCAUCUAAAGUGCAUACUUUGUCUUAAUUCUUAUUACGUCAUGACUCAUUUGAGAUUUGUGAUGAGUUUUUUUUUUUCUUUCCCUCCAGUUGUAGAUGACAUCAUCAAUUCAGACUGUUUGUAAAAGUUGUAGUUGAGCUUUGGCACCCUGGAUGCAGAACUGAUCUCGUAAUUGGCUGAUUGGUGGAGGGAGGUACAUCCGUUGUAAACACAGAAUCAAUACAAUAAAUUUUACGGGCUGACAACUUUUAAAAUGGGAAAAUCUAGGCUACACCAUUGAGAAAUGUGCUAGACCGACAGUAUUUCUAAAAAGCAUGCUUCUUCAAUGUCUGUUGAAAUGUUAAGGCUAUUCAAUAAAUAAUUAUUCUUUCAUAUGGUUCCUUUAAGUAUAGACUUUGUUGGCAAAAUAGAGCUUUUCCACGGCUAGAAUAUUUUUUUUUUCUACCGACAGUGCAGUUUGAACAUUAUAUGCUUAAAAAUGUAUUUAACUGAAUGGAAAAUGCUCUUGAGAACACAUUAUUCCAUGUACGUACCAUUUAUUGGGCAUGUAAUGUAUGUGUAUAAACAUUUUAAUAUGCAAAACAAAUACUCAGCCUUGAGUAAUCAACACCUUUAGCUAAUAACAUGCCAGUCACCAGUUCAAUUUGCUUCUCUUGUAGGUGGCAAUGAACGGCCAGUGAGCACUUGUGGUUUAGAUACGAAUGGAACACAUGAUGCUUCUACUGUACAGUCUUUUUUCCUCCAAUAGUAUUUGUGGUUUAUUUUUGUAAGCAUGUAUUUUUUUCUGCAAAAAUGAAAUGUUUGAAGAAAAGUGUAACUUAAAUAAAGAAAGAGAUUGUGAAACUGACACAUUGCUCAUUAAAGUCUAUCAAUUAAAAGUGGCU